AUGAACCUUCCUUCCACAAAGGUCUCCUGGGCCGCCGUGUCGCUACUGCUGCUACUGCUGCUGCCGACCGCGCUGCUGUCGCCCGGAGUGGCUGCACAGCCCCUGCCCGACUGCUGUCGUCAAAAGACAUGCUCCUGCCGCCUCUACGAGCUGCUGCACGGCGCGGGCAAUCACGCUGCGGGCAUCCUCACGCUGGGCAAGCGGCACUCCGGGCCCCCGGACCUCCAGGGCCGGCUGCAGCGCCUCCUGCAGGCCAGCGGCAACCACGCCACGGGCAUCCUGACCAUGGGCCGCCGCGCAGGCGCAGAGCCAGUGCCGCGCCCCUGCCCCGGGCGCCGCUGUCCCGCCGCGGCCGCCGUAUCCGUCGCGCCCGGGGGACAGUCCGGGAUCUGA